GUCUAAACAUCUCUUGUAACAUGCGGCCAAAAUGAAUGUCGUAUGUGGGGUACAUCGACGGCAAUAUAUGUAUGUAUGGACGUGUCUUCUAGUGGUAUUGCCACUUAAAACAGCAGCUACAUAUUGGUCGCCAGUUCGUUUGGUAAAUGGUACGACCAAUUAUCAAGGAAGAGUUGAAAUCUACCACGAAGGUCAGUGGGGUUCAAUAUGUGAUGAUGAUUUUGAUACAAAAGAUGCUCAGGUUGUCUGUCGCAGCUUAGGGUUCUUUAGCCCUCACGUCAGAGCUUACAGCAGUGCAUACUUUGGACAAGGGAAAGACCCGAUAUGGUUGGAUAACGUCAACUGUACGGGCAGCGAGCUCUACCUAGAUCAAUGCACCUCUAACGGCUGGGGCAAACACAACUGUGGCCACGGGGAGGACGUGGGUGUCAGCUGUCAAUUAUUUGUGAGGUUAGUGGAUGGAUCAGGAAUUCCAACACAGGGUCGAGUUGAGGUUCAGAUCAAUGGGACGUGGGGAACUGUGUGUGAUGAUGGAUUCGACGAGAAGGACGCUGGGGUGGUCUGUGCCAUGAUGGGAUUCAGUCGUAUUCAAGCUACUGUCUAUGGGAGUGCACACUUUGGACAAGGCGCGGAUCCAGUAUGGAUGGAUGAUCUCAAGUGUAGGGGAGACGAGCAGUACCUUGACCAGUGCUCUUUCCCUGGCUGGAAGGUAGAAAACUGUGGUCACUCGGAGGAUGCCGGUGUCAGCUGUCAACUGCCUAUACGAUUAGUAAACGACGAUGGAAUUCCAACAAAAGGUCGAGUUGAAGUUAAAAUGAAUGGAACAUGGGGGACUAUCUGUGAUGACGAAUUUGAUGACAAAGAAGCCAAAGUCAUAUGUGCCAUGUUGGGGUUUAGUCGGUACAGUGCGAGUGCGCGUAACGGGACGUAUUUCCAUAGUGGGACGGGACCUAUCUGGCUCGAUGACCUGUCUUGUACCGGGACUGAGACCAGUUUAACAAAGUGCGGGCACAACGGCUGGGGCAAACACAACUGCGGCCACAAAGAAGACGCUGGUGUUAUAUGCGGAGGAUCAAUAACUAAAUCACCUUUGCGUUUGGUAAAUGGCACCACCAGCUACGAAGGAAGAGUUGAAAUAUACCACAGUGGAAAAUGGGGAUCUAUCUGUGAUGACGACUUUGGCACGAAGGAAGCUCAGGUCGUCUGUCGCAGCUUAGGUUUUAUCAGUUUCCAAGCGACAUCGUAUCACUCAGCCCAAUUUGGAAAAGGCAAAGAUCCGAUUUGGCUUGAUGACGUGGAUUGCGAUGGCGAUGAGAAGUACCUCGACCAGUGUUCCAAAAACAGCUGGGGAAACAACAACUGCGGUCACAACGAGGAUGUUGGCGUCAGUUGUCACCUGCCCGUGCGAUUAGUUAAUGGAUUAGGAAUUCCCACACAGGGCCGAGUUGAGGUGCAAUACAACGGAACAUGGGGGACUGUCUGUGAUGAUGGUUUUGACGAGAAAGACGCUGCUGUAGUUUGCGGAAUGAUGGGGUUUAGUCGCUUUCAAGCAAGGUCUUACGGUAGUGCUAAAUUUGGACAAGGCGCAGGACGCACGUGGAUGGACAACAUGAACUGUAAAGGGAAUGAACUCUAUCUCGACCAGUGCAAAUUUAAUGGUUGGGGGGAUGAAAACUGUGGACAUGGUGAAGAUGUCGGUGUUAGUUGUAAAUUGCCUGUACGACUCGUCGAUGUACUAGGAAUACCAACACAAGGUCGACUUGAGGUUAAAAUGAACGGAACAUGGGGAACUGUCUGUGAUGAUUCCUUUGAUACGAAGGACGCUGGAGUCGUAUGCGCAAUGUUGGGGUUCAGUCGUGUCGGUGCGUUAUUGCGUAAUGUUACUCGCUUUUCAAAAGGGACUGGACCAAUAUGGUUGGAUGAUGUAGCUUGUGUAGGACACGAAACCAGUAUAACACAGUGCGGCCAUCUUGGUUGGGGUAAACACAACUGCGGCCACGGAGAAGACAUUGGCAUCAUAUGUAAAGCAGAUGGUAUCAUGUCACCAGUGCGGUUGGUUAGUGGAUCCACCAAGUAUGCAGGGCGAGUUGAAAUAUUCCAUGAAGGUCGAUGGGGUACUAUCUGCGACGACAACUUUAAUGCAACAGAUGCUCGCGUUGUUUGUCGCAGUUUAGGAUUCCUAAGUUCUGGAGCCAGAUCGUAUGACGGAUCCCAUUUUGGACAAGGCGCAGAACCGACAUGGCUCGACGACCUUGAUUGUUUGGGAGAUGAACACGGACUAGAACAGUGCUUGUAUUAUCGUAAUUGGGGUCAAGAAAACUGCGGACAUUCAGAAGAUGUCGGCGUUGGUUGUCAAGAUGGACCUGCCUCUGUCACAUUGAGCCCACAGCCGCCUAGUACUAUAAAGGAAGGAGCUAGUAUUAGCGUUAACUGUGGUGGUGAAUGUUAUCCGUCAUGCUCGUUUUCCUGGAAGCGAGGCAAUCAGCUGCUCUCAUCAUCAUCUUCAUUAACACUGAGAAACAUCCACAGGAAUCAGACUGGGAAUGCAUACACGUGCACUGUGACGAACUCUGCUAUAUCGAAAUCUAGAAGUAAACAGUUCACGCUAAGAGUGCACCAUGGUCCGGAUGCCAUUACUUUAACUCCGCCCUCGGCUAACAAUAUUAAAGAAGGACAGAGAUUGACUGUGAACUGUUUGGCUGUGUGUAGUCCAGCUUGUUCCUACGCCUGGACGUUAGGGACCCAGCGCAUCACGGCAAGCUCAAAGUUGACACUGACCAACGUGAGCAGGAGUCAGAACGGGAAUACGUACACAUGCACAGCGAACAACACAGCUUUAUCCAGAUCUAGAAGUAAACAAUUCCGUCUCAGAGUAUACCAUGGUCCAGAUAUGGUAAAUGUAAAUCAAAGUUCUCCAAUAAAAAUCCAGAAAGGCCAUGACGUAGUAGUGUCAUGUGACGCAGUUUGUAACCCACCUUGUAAUUACAAGUGGAUGUUUAAAUCUCAGUUAAAAUCAGGAAGUUCUCUGCUAUCCUUGAAAGGAAUACAGAGGUCAGACUCAGGUAUCUACACCUGUACUGCUGUUAACACUCUCAAUGCAAUGAAGUCCGCAAGAAAGACAAUCACUCUAGAUGUGCAUUACCAUGCAUCAAUUACAUCAGUGACUUUGAACUCGCAGGCUACGAAUGUAACAGUAGAUGAGUUAACCACUAUGACUCUGAGAUGUGAAGUUGACAGUAGCCCAGGAUCUGACAUCAAACUGUUGAACAACUCACAUACUUUGCGUGAAGUGACACACUCUAAACAGGCUGAGUACACGUGGAACGAGGCCGGGUGUUUGGAUACAGGGCUCUACACGUGUAAAGCUGGAAACAGCAUCGAUUCGUCAGUAUCUAAAGAUGUUGAGCUAGUAGUCCGAUGUUCACCAAGGGUAGACCACCGUGUACCAUUCCAGAAACAAUUUGCCACAACAACUGGCAGCAAUGUGACUCUGAACCUAGCCGUCAUCACCAACCCGGUGGCAACAUUCGCCUGGUACAAGCUGGAGGAUGUUAUGACAAGUAGACUUGGGUCUAGUAGUUCCGUCAAUGCAACUGACGUAUCUGCUGUAGGAUAUUUCACGCUGAAUAAUGUCCAGAUGGAAGAUUUUGGAAUAUAUCAAGUGAUCGUGUCGAACGGAGCACCAAGGACAGAGCUUCUAAUAAGCUUCACCCUUACUGCAGCAGGUCCCCCGAACAUUCCCUCUGACAUCACAACAUGGAGCCGAGAUUCAACAUCAGUGGCAGUGUCCUGGAUAGAAGCAUUUAAUGGAGGGUUUCCACAGACGUUUCUUGUACAAUACCGACCAAAUACAACAUCCGAGUGGUCGAAUUUCACCAGACAGGUUCCAGAGAGAGGUUUCCAUGCAAACCACACCGCCGUAUUAUCAGACUUGCAACCCGGUACAAGUUAUCUCGUGCGAGUUUUGGCCUCGAAUAUGGACGGUCACAAAGACUUCUCUCCUAUGCUGAACAUAACCACUGGUGGAGUCACUGCUAAAAAGCACAGCUCGUUCAAGGUGGUGCUACACGGUAUACUAAUAGGGGUGUCAGCUGGCUUUUCUCUCCUUGUUGCUAUCAGCAUUUUGGUCUAUUGCAAGAGAAAUAAAGCGCAAGCUAAACGAGAAUGUUCAACUAUUUCGAGUCUGUCAAACACUAGAAUACGGGAGUCGGACAUAUAUCUCAAAGCACAAUGUAUGCAACGUUUCGAGAUGGAGGGUUUACCAAAUGUCUGUAACAUCGAUUCAUCCCUUGAAGAUAAAGACGAGUUGACGUAUGAUCAAAUUCCGGUUUACGAAAACUUAAAUCAUGGGAAUGGAAAGGGGUGUUCUGAUAAAUGGAUGAGUAGAGAUUCCUCAUUGGAAUCAUCAGAGGACGGUCAUUAUGAAGAUCUAAGAAUCUAGAAAACCCAGAGCUAAUAGGCCUACAAGAAUGUGCUGUACAAUGAAGAUGUAUGUCUAUCACAACAAUGGAAGACAAUAACAUUUAAUAACACAUAUUAUUACACACCAGUGUUAUAUACUCUUCAAAAAAAGUAGAGGAACUCUAUUAAGAAUUUACAAUUACCAAAAUUGUAAGAUAUAUUAGCUAUGGGGAAUGGUUAUAUGAUAAUAGUGAAUUAAUUGGGUAAACAUUACAACCGGUAGUUCAGUAUUACGAUAGGUUUUUAAAACUUUUAUGACCACCAAAAAUCUUGAAGAAAGAUUGGGGUCAGAACUGAAAUUUGAAAGUUGACAUUUUUUAUCAGUAAAUCGCAAAUUCAAACGAUAAAAAUGAAAAAACAACAACAACAACAACUGUAUGAUCAACAGAAUGAAAACGAGUUACAGAAAUAGUGUUCC